AUGGAAACUCCGGUUCGGCUGUCGCCACAAGUCCAGCGGAUCCAACAAAGCUCGCCGUAUACCGACAUAUUCACCGGUGCACCUGCCUUCGUUCUGUCUCGACAAGAUACGCAGGGUCAAAACCCACCGCAGACCCAUGCUCACCCUCAGCCCAGUCGGUGGGAAAACCCUACAGGCUGGGGCGCUCGUCACGUCAAUGAUACAGCCCCGUUUACGCUAUGGGAUCCAGAAAAACGCCAGUUCCGAUCCCCAGAUAAAACAGAACUGGGGUGGAUUUGGAAGAAAUUUGGCGCUGCACACCUCGGACUGUGCGGUUGGUACAUGUGGAUUGAGACUGAAACCCCUCCUCGGCCGAUUCCUUUGACUGUCGGAUGCAUGCCGGUGACAUUUUCUGGGCCUGGGUCAUAUGCCACCGAUUCCAUUCCAGAAGCCCCGUAUCCGAACCCGCGGAUUGCAGAUCCCUGUCCGACCCUUACUUGGCCCAAGAUGGCUUUCCCAACAAAACAGCAGAAUGUCGCGCUCCUUACAGCUCUGAGCCCCCUGGCGCACAUACAGGCAGUGUUAUAUUUACCUACCUGGACCGUUGUUGAGCUGUCUUACGGUGAUGGCCGCAUUUAUGAGCCGGGAUCCUUACCUGGGAUAGUGGCAGGUCGUACCACACUAUACCACCAUGGCCCAGAACCCUUCCAUGCCAGAAUGAAACAACAGACUCGAGCCCGGUAUGUAGAUCCUUUGCAAUAUACGGCAAGCUCGGGGCCUUUGCCUCAAGAUUAUUCGAACUAUCUGAGGCGUUCAUACCUGAGCCCAGGGUGCAGAGUCGAGAGUGGCCUUGGCCCUACCGGAUCUCGCUAUGAAUCUUCCAGCGCAGCAACCACAUUGGGAAUUAAAAUCCGCAAUGGUCGAGGCGAUGAGUUUGUGACAGUAGCUCACCAUGGUUUUCUACACUUGGGCGACGUUCAUCACCCCAAAACUGGAGAGGACAUCAUUGGCACGAUUUCAGAUACUCGCCCGGAAUUAGACGUUGCAUUCGUGAAGCUGACGCCAGCAGCCUCGGCAAAUUUCAGGAAUGACUGUUAUUUUCAAGCGGAACCAGCCCAGAGGCUUGUAUCAGGCGAUGUCAUUGAAGCAGGCACAUGGAGCGAAGUGGAGGGGAUGAGCUCAGGAUUCAUUAGCCUAUUGGCGAUCGGUCGACGCUUCGAUGCCCCUGAACGCCCCCCAGGCCACCCAACGAUCCCAUUUUUCAAGUGGAGGGUAUCGAAGGUUAAUGCAAUUUUUGGGGCCAUGAACCCCACGAUAUCAGAGGGAAUUUGCGGCGCCCCAAUAGUUCAGUGUCAAACAGGCGAGGUAGGUGGCUUUUUCCAUCUAUCCGAUGGAACGAAUUGCCUUAGUGCGGACCUAGAUGAUCUGAUCGCCGAGGGGUGGCAAGUGGUCUAA